CUGAUCCUUCUAACUCUACCCUUUUAUUUCUUUCUGUCUCUAUUCUUUCAUAGUAUAGAGAAAUGGGCUUUAAAUAAAUCCAUACUCUACUCUGAAUUGUACAAUCUCUUGCUACCUUCAUGCAGCUCAGUGGGGUUGGGGCAACUUCCCAAAACAAACACUAAUGGCCUAAAGGAGCAAAAGGUAACAGGGGGCGACUUUAAAACCAAGCCCUCCUCAGUAAAUGCAUCACUUUAGCUCUCUAAAGACGCACAUAAACUCUGGGGUUCAAGCCACCAUUUAUCAGUCUGUAGUUGAUCCAUGUGAGGCCUUUGUAUUGGCACACCCCUCCCUCCUCUCCAGUGGUUGAAUCAUUUCUUCAGUUCAGUGCUUUCUGCUUUCACUUUCAUCUUCCUAAACACAGCUCUUUUUAUCGAGCUAACUCCUCCUAAGUUCUGUGGUGAAAAUCUGGAACUUCCUAGGCUGCUGCAGAGGGCAGGAGCUCACAGUGCCUGUGAGGACAGUGCUCUGCAGCCAGACUCAAAAGCAAAGCUGACAGCAUCUGGCACUUCACUCGGGCUGCUUUCUCUGGGACAAACGGAUUUGCUUCAGAGACAAAAGAGCAUGCUGGACAUGGCCUCAGAGAUCCACAUGCUGGAACCCAUGUGUCUCAUUGAGAACACUGAGGAGCAGCUUGUCAUCAAUCAGCAGGCUCUAGGGAUCCUGUCUGCGAUCACACAGCCAGUGGUGGUGGUGGCCAUCGUGGGCCUCUACCGCACAGGAAAAUCCUACCUGAUGAACAAGCUGGCUGGGAAGAAAACAGGCUUCUCUCUGGGUUCCACAGUGCAGUCUCACACCAAGGGUAUCUGGAUGUGGUGUGUCCCUCAUCCCCAGAAGCCAGGUUACACCCUAGUUCUGCUUGACACCGAGGGCCUUGAAGAUGUUGAGAAGGGAGACAACCAGAAUGACUGCUGGAUCUUUGCCUUGGCAAUCCUACUCAGCAGCACCUUCAUCUACAACAGCAUAGGAACCAUCAACCAGCAGGCCAUGGACCAACUGCACUAUGUGACAGAGCUGACUGAUCUAAUCAAAUCAAAGUCAUCACCUGAGCAGAGUGAUGUAGAUGACUCAGCUAACUUUGUAGGCUUCUUUCCAACCUUUGUGUGGGCUCUGAGAGAUUUCUCCCUGGACCUGGAAGCUAAUGGAAAACCCAUCACUGCUGAUGAAUAUCUGGAACAUUCAUUGACCCUGAAAAAAGGAUCUGAUAAGAAAAGUAAAAGCUAUAAUGAGCCUCGGUUCUGCAUCAGGACAUUCUUCCCAAAGAGGAAGUGCUUUGUCUUUGACAGGCCUGCUCAGAGGAAGUAUCUUUCCAAACUAGAGACAAUUAGAGAAGAAGAUCUUAGUGGUGAAUUUGUAGAACAAGUUGCAGAAUUCACCUCCUACAUCUUGAGCUAUUCCAAUGUCAAGACUCUGUCUGGUGGCAUCAUAGUCAAUGGGCCACGUCUACAGAACUUGGUGUUGACCUAUAUCAAUGCCAUCAGAAGUGGAGAACUGCCCUGCAUGGAGAAUGCUGUCCUGACUUUGGCUCAGAUAGAGAACUCAGCUGCAGUGCAAAAGGCCAUUGAGCACUAUGAAGAACAGAUGAACCAGAAGGUGCAGCUGCCCACGGAAACCCUGCAGGAGCUGCUGGACCUGCAUAGGCCCAUUGAGAGUGAGGCCAUUGAGGUCUUCAUUAAGAAUUCUUUUAAGGAUGUAGACCAAAAGUUCCAGAAGAAAUUAGGGGAGCAGCUGAUAGUAAAGCGAGAUGCCUUUAUUAAGAAAAACAUGGAUGUGUCAUCAGCUCGUUGCUCAGAUUUGCUGGAGGAUAUUUUUGGUCCUUUGGAAGAAGAAGUCAAACAGGGGACAUUUUCUAAACCAGGAGGUUACUACCUCUUUCUUCGAAGGAAACAAGAGCUGGAGAAAAAAUAUAACCAGGCUCCUGGAAAGGGGCUCCAGGCAGAAGAGACGCUGAAAAAGUACUUUGAGUCCAAGGACGACGUGGCUGAAACACUUCUAAAGACAGACCAGUCACUCACGGAGGCAGCAAAGGAAAUUGAAGUGGAACGUAUAAAGACUGAAGCUGCUGAAGCUGCCAACAGAGACUUAGCAGAGAAGCAAAAGAAGUAUGAGCUGAUGAUGGCAGAGAAGGAAAAGAGUUACCAGGAGCAUGUGAAACAGCUGACUGAGAAGAUGCAGCAGGAACGGGAACAGUUAAUAGCAGAGCAUAACAAAAUGAUAGCUCUCAAACUUCAGGAACAGGAACGGCUUCUCAAGGAAGGAUUCCAGAACGAGAGCAGGAGACUUCGGCAAGAGAUCAACAGCAUACAACUGAGGCAACCACCUCGGAAAUGCACCAUACUCUGAAUGUCUGAGGUCCGACUCUUUCUGCCCAGCUACCUUUCAUCAAGGAACAUGUUGAUUGGGAUCCUUCAGGGUUUGAAACAACUGUUAUUAAAUUAGCUCAACUCAAUGCAAAUCACCUGUAACUCUGUGUUCACUGUGUGACGCUGGACAUACAGAGGAGUUUCAAGUCUGCGAAAUGCAUGUGUGAAUGGAAUCUCUGCCGUCUGUGUUUUAGAGGUCCUCUUGACCUGCUCCGUGCCCAGGAUACAUAUGUUUCUCCUUUAUAUCUUCAAUUUUCUUUUUUUUUCUGCUGUAUAGUGUCUACAAUCACAGAGCAGACAACUUUUAAUUAACUCUCAGAAUGAAUUCCUUUUUAUUUCUUAAGGAAUCUGAUUUUUUAAAAUUACAGUCAUUCAAAAACUAAACCCCAUCCCUUUUCCCCCUUUAUCUCCCUGCUAUGACAUCCUGACUUGUACUUUCUAAGCAUACAUAUCUUGCAGAAGUUAAUAAAAAGCAUUAACCCACUGUAA